GUCCGGGUGCGGCUAAAAGCAGGGGACGGGAGUGCUGUGGCCCUCCAGGUUAUCGGAAUCAGCCCCUGCCCACGCAACCAACGGCCGGGGAUGACGGGAACUGUAGUCCAACAACCGGGGGUGCACAAGUUCCCCACCCCUGGGCCAAAGCCUUAACAAGCCCGAAGUCAAAAGUUAACCCUGCUCACACACAGAACAUGGAAGUGGAGGCGGUUGCCAGUUUUAGAAAAGCGCAAGGCGAUGCCUACCCUUCCUUAACUCCUCCCAAUGGAUAAAAGAGCCGCCUGCGUCCUCCUUCUCCUCUUGAAGGAGACGGGGCCACGAGGGCAGCUUGGAGUCACCCCUGCGGCCACUUCCCCUCUUCGUCGUCCCCCAAGUAACUCUGCGCCACUCCCGACAACUUCCCCGCAGGCCAGGAGAUGUGCGGCGGGGCCUGCAACCGGGCGCCCGCGGGGCCUGCCUCAACGGCGAGGGCCUGGUGGAUUCCCCCUACGCCGAUGCUGCUCCUCGCCUACCUGACCUAUCUGCUGCUGGGUAGCGCCUUGUUUUGGGCACUCGAGUCGCCCGUGGAGCGCGACUCGGCACUCCGGCUGCUGCAGGAGAAGUGGGACCUGUUGGAGAACUACACCUGCCUCGAGAGGGAGGACCUUGAGCGGCUUGCCAAGGGCAUCAUCCAGGCCUACAAGAGCGGACUUUACCUUAACGGAAAUACAAGCCUGGGCAGAUGGGACUUUGUUGGCUCCUUCUUUUUCUCUGUUUCUGCAGUAACGACCAUUGGCUACGGUAACUUGAGCCCCAGCACAGUGGCUGCACAAGUCUUCUGCAUCUUCUUUGCUCUUUUUGGCAUCCCUCUGAAUCUUGUCCUCCUGAACAGGAUAGGACAGCUGAUGCUGUCUGGUGUUCAGCUGUGUGCCUUCCGCUUAGGUGAGAAGUUCCACUGGCAGAGAGGGACAGCUGUCUUGACGCGGAUCUGCUCGCUGGUUGCUGGCCUUUUACUGUUUCUUCUGCUACCUCCUCUGUUGUUUACUGACAUAGAAGGCUGGACCUAUGAAGAAGGGUUCUAUUAUUCUUUCAUUACUCUUAGCACAAUAGGCUUUGGAGAUUAUGUCAUUGGCAUGAACCCUGAACGCACUUAUCCAGCCUGGUAUAAGAAUGUGGUGUCUCUGUGGAUUCUCUUUGGAAUGGCCUGGCUAGCCCUGAUCAUCAGUCUUUGCAUCAGCUUACUAGAGAGCUCCAGUGGCCUCUGCCAGUGCUGCAGGAGAAGGAGCAGAGAGGUGGAGCAAGAGUUUAUAAAUGGCAACCAAAAUGCCAGUUUGGGGCCAAAGGAUGGGCAGAAUUGCAACAUGAAGGACACCAAGCCUGCAGGACCAGAUUGAAUUGCAUAUAUGCUUUGUGCCACUUAAGCGUUUUGACUCUUGCCAGAGGGAAUCAUCUGUCUGGCCAACCCAUCACCGGAGCACCAUUUGAUGGCACUAGCAGAUGUGUGGCCAUCUGGAAUCAUCUGAGUUCAGCUGACACUCAAACUACAGUGGAAAUCAAAGUGUGCUCCUUGGGUUGGCCAAGGGCUGCCUUACACAUGAUUUCUUUUCUCCAUGAAGAUAAACCCUUGUGUAGGAGGAAUAAAAGAGCAUGUGCCAUCUUAGCAGAAGAGCUUUUAUAGUGCUGCAAGGAUAAGAGUUGGAAAACCAUGAACAUCACUGCCCCGUUUUGUGUAUUUGCAGCUGGCAAUGUAUGCAUGGGGUUCCCCCCUCCCCUUAUCAAGGUUAUUUCUGUGUAGAUAAAGUGUGAGAGAUAAAUGGUACUGAAAACGCCAUUUCUGUCACAACAUGCUACAUUUGUAGGGUUAUUUGUCUAAUGUAAGAUUGAAUAGAUGUUGCCACAACUCUUGUCCUUAAUAAAAAAAACAUUUGUACUUUCCCCAAGGAAGAAUGGCAGCUUCUGUUGCAUAAAGGAGACAUAGGUAACUGCCAGGAGGUCAAGGUAAAGUCAGCCAAUGCCACACUCUGGAACUGACCCUGUAGGUAGGAGCAGAACCACGGCAACACAGUAUGCUUCCCGCUCCAAACACACCAAGCUCCUCCAAUACGAUACUAUGGUGAAUGGCUGGUGAGAGAUUGAGCAAGGGCAACAAGGGUGCACUCCCCAUUUCCCUCUGCCAGCCACCACCCUCUUGAGCAGCUUCCCACAAAAAGGGGGCAUUUGCAACCCAUUGUGAGUUGUCAGAAACGUCAGGGUCCAGGUUGAUCUUUUUAGGAGCAGCCGCAAUACAGCCACUUUAAGCAUGGCAGUUACCACUCCUUCACACAAAGAUGUGUUAGUCACUUUGAGGACCCACCCAAAACCCCGCACCCUAGCAUGCUUGGACCAAUCACAAUGGGCAACGAUUGAGAGGGCAUGUGGUAGGUCAGGUAUCUGCAGACACCUGGCCCAUGUAUCAUGUGAACUAGUAAUGGAGUUGUUGAGGAGCUAAUAAGGCAACUUGCAUGGGUUGGAACAAACAUUCUUUUUAUAGGACUUAUGUUUUACAGCCAAGUUAAAACAUCCAUUUUCUAAAAUCUGGCUCUUUUCACACAUUGUUCUUGGGGUAACAUGGGUCCUGUUCUGCCAUGAUAAUAGAGCAGAAAGAGUAUUUCAUAACCUUGACUAAAUGGAAUACAACUUUAGGCUUUUAAGGCCAAAUAGACCUGACAUUAAAUGCACCUUUGUGUUUAAUAUGUAGAGGUUUUUUAAAUGCAAAUAGGAAGAGGGUUGAUGAUAAUUAUGGGGAUUGCAGGAGAUGUGGAGGGAGAAUGUAACCCUUUCCUCCCCUGCUGCAGAUCUAAGGAAAAUCUUUCUCACCCACCCCUCUGAAGCUGGUGUUUGCUUUGUGGGAAAUCCCCUAUUCAUGCCAGUGGGAGAUUCCCACUCAAAGCAAUUAUCAGUGGUCUCACUAAGCCGUAGGUUGGUUCACUGUGUUGUGCAAAUGAGACCAGUCUUGUGUAACACCUUUCUUUUAAAAAAUUGUGACCAAGAAUUGGCCAGAAGCACUAUAUGUUCAGUAUAUGCAUGUGUUCAUUUGCUAUUUGAUUAAAUUUGUUUUAUUUGGCAUUUGUGUGGAUUAGGAUACAGUCUUAAACACACUUGCUUGGAAGU